CUCUUCCAUACUGUUAUCCGUACCAUCUGCCUCUUCAUCGCGCCGCGGUUAUUCGCUUCCCAUCCUUCCAUCCUCGUGCCCUUUUUUACCAUUUUUGCCGAAUCCCGUCCGAUCCAAAAAGUUCCAUACAAGUAGAGCCUUGUUAUUGCUGUCCUGGCCAGCUACAGUCCUUUCUAUUCCUUUCUUUUCUCUCACCCAGUUGUCGUUGCUCUCCCCUCCCUCGUCGAGUUGAUCUGGUAAUGUUGUUCUCCGUCGGCAGAGCUACCUCAUCACUCUCUGCAAUCUCACGGACUCCUAGAACUUCCCUCGCUGUCAAGGCAUUUACAAUGGCGCCGGCAAACAAGAGGAAGUCUUCCACCACAAAGCAAUUCUGGGUGACCGAGGAAUACCGAGAAGACAAGUCCAAAGGAGCCAUGCUCCGGUUCGAGGACUCCCUCCCCCGACUCCCCGUUCCCUCCCUUGAAGAGACCUCCGCCCGAUACCUCAAGAGUCUGCACCCACUGCUGUCCAAGGAGGAGUUCGCGGCCUCGCAAGAAGCCGUCGCCGCGUUCAAUCAACCAGGUAGCCUGGGACAGAAGCUGCAGGACAGAUUAAUAGCAAAGGCGCAAGAUCCCAAGGUCAAAAACUGGAUCAUAGACUGGUGGAACGAAGCAGCAUACCUGGCUUACAAGGAUCCUGUGGUUCCUUACGUCUCAUACUUCUACUCAUUCCGAGAUGACCGAAGAAGGAGAAACCCUGCCAAGCGAGCCGCAGCCAUCACCACUGCUGCCCUCGAGUUCAAGCGCCAGGUCGAUGACAAGAGUCUGGAGCCCGAAUAUAUGCGCAAGAAGCCCAUGGCCAUGAGCAGUUACGAAUACAUGUUCAACACCUCCAGAGUCGCCGCAGAGCCUGCCGACUACCCAGUACAAUACCCGGCAGAAGGAAACGAGUACAUCAUUGUCAUUCGAAACAACCAGUUCUUCAAGGUUCAGACGCACGUCAAUGGAAAGCAGCUCAACACCUCCGAGUUUGAACAGCAAUUCAACAAGGUCUAUAGAAGCGCACAAAUGUCCGACCCAAUCGGUGCCCUCACCUCCCUACCACGAGACCAGGGUGCGAAAGCACGAGAGAACCUGCUCUCCGCAUCCCCUGUCAACGCGGGGGUUCUGAAGGAGAUCGAGGCCUCCUCCUUUGUUGUCUGCCUGGACUCCGCAACUCCCGUGACACUGGAGGAACGAGCACACGCCUACUGGCAUGGUGAUGGUUCCAACAGAUGGUACGACAAGCCUCUUCAAUUCAUCGUCAACGACAACGGCACCGCAGGCUUCAUGGGUGAACACAGUAUGAUGGAUGGCACACCGACCCACCGACUCUGCGACACUGUCAACGCCUACAUCGUCCACAACAAGCUCGACUUUGACGACCCGAGCGUUCGUUCUGACCUGUCCGACCCUACUCCUAUUAAAUUCGAGACAAACACCGCAGUUCUCGAAGACGUGGCCAGCGCACAAAACCAAUUCCGCCAGACCAUUGCUGCACAUGACCUGCGCGUGCAAGCCUACCAGGCGUACGGAAAGGGCUUGAUCAAAAAGUUCAAGUGCUCCCCCGAUGCCUAUGUUCAGAUGGUCAUUCAACUCGCCUACCACAAGAUGUACGGCAAGAACAGACCCACCUACGAGUCGGCAGCCACGAGAAAAUACCAGCUCGGACGAACAGAAACCACGAGAACCGUUUCGGACGAAUCCGUCGCGUUUUGCGACGCCAUGGCAGACGCCUCGAUCUCCCGAGAAGAGACCGAGCGACUGUUCCGCGAGGCCGUCAAGGCCCACGUUCAAUAUACCGCCGAUGCCAGCGACGGAUACGGAGUGGACCGACACUUGUUUGGCCUCAAGAAACUCAUCCAAGAAGGUGAAGAGGUGCCCGAACUCUUCAAAGACCCAGCAUUCACGUACUCGUCGUCGUGGUACAUCAGUUCGAGUCAGUUGAGUUCGGAAUACUUCAACGGUUACGGAUGGAGCCAGGUCAUCGACCAAGGUUGGGGUAUUGCUUAUAUGAUCAAUGAGAACAGUAUUCAAUUCAACGUCGUCUCCAAGAAGCUCGGCUGCGAAAGAAUGAGCUUCUACCUGAAUGAAGCCGCCAACGAUAUCCGCGAUAUGCUCUUGCCGUCGUUGGAGCCACCAAAGGCCAAGCUAUAAAAGGUCUGAAACAAAAGAGAUCAGGACUUUUUUCAUGUAUGCUUACUUGCAGUGGCAUUUGCAUGGCAUAUAGAUUAGGGGAAGGGGUGCAUCGGCAGUCGAAGAGGAGGGGAGAGGGAAAUGUACCAUCAUACCAUUUCCGAUUUCAUUUGCCCGCGACCGAGGAAAGCAAGGACGGAAGAGGAAUGGUCGUUCUCAUUUUUUGCGCAAGGAGUUGCACGACGGCACGCUGGCUUGACCAUAUGCUCGGUUAUAGUUAUCGAUAUCGACGAUAUGAGUUGUUUAUGGUCGGUCAGGUCAUAUUGUACAUAGGCCUUCUGUUCCUAGACUUGACUCUUUCCUAGAUUUCUACAAAGAGGAAAAGUUUGAACAAAAAAGGAAAUUUCUAGGAUACUGGUAUUCUUCUCGCGU